UUUUUUAUACUACCUAGAAAUGUCUUAACUGGACAUUUGUAAACCAGUAAUCAACCAUACAAUCUUAUUAAUCAAGUGCAAUAAUUUUUCGCAGUUUCAUACCUAGGGUUCUUUCUACAAAGCAUUCACAUUGAUUCUUCAAGUCAACACAUCAAAGAGAAAAAGCAGAACAUUAUCAAAGUUGAACUGAAGAAAUCUGAGUCUUUUCAGAAACACUACGCCUACAAAAUAUGGAAAAGAAGCCAGAGGUAACUAACACAGAACAGAAUAUUUCCAGAUCUCAACAGAAGCAAAGACUGUCCAGGGCAGACAAGACCAAUAUCAUAUCACAUGAAGAUGAGAUAAAGUACAUGGAAUUGAAAUUUCAGAAAUCUUCUCAUCUCCAGCACAGAAAAUCGUUUGUUAGGAAAAAAAGAAAAGACCCCAGAACUAUAACAUGGCAAGUGAUAACUGGCAGCCUGGGAGUCUUCUGUAUAAUCUUGAUAACAACAGUGGGUGUCUUGCUCGCAAAUUUAUUCUCCAGCCAAGAAGAGCCAAGUAGAAAUAUCUCAUAUAUCCCCAUUCUAUCCACUGAAAUUAAAGAAUAUUCCUAUAGUCUUUGUUCAAAUCACUGGUUCGGGUUGGGAAACAGUUUCUAUCAAGUUUCCAAUGAACCCAAAACCUGGCCAGAAAGUCAUGCUGCCUGUGCAGAACUGAAUUCCCAUCUGUUGAAGAUAGACAUUCAAGAAGAGCUGGAAAGCUUAUCAGUGUUUGACAUAGAAGGAUGGAUAGGUCUCAAAAUGUGUAACCCCAAUGGAUCCUGGUUAUGGGAAGAUGGCACCAAAGUGGCCCAAAGCCUAGUGACAGUUCUGAACACGAAGAAUCAUUGUUGUGCAUACAUAAAUGGAAUCAGUACUUAUGAAGAGGAUUGUACAUCUAAGAAAAAGUAUAUCUGUGAAUUAAGUAUAUAAUUGCAUCCAUUUUACUAACAAAUCCUGUC